ACGUCUCUAAAAAGAUGGAAGUUAAACAGAAGGAAGAAGAUUCUGAGGGAAUUUCUGAUCUGAAGACCAUUUCUGAGCUGAAGAAGGAGAUCUCUGAACUGAAGAACAUCUCUAAGUUAAACUCAAAGUUGGAGCAGGAGAUCUCUAAGCUCAAACAUGAUGUGCUUGAGCUCAGUAAGGAGAAUGCUGCGCUUAAACAAGAGGCAACAUUUGAGAAAGAACUGUUUGACAUGAGAACUGCUGAUCUGAAUAAGACCAUAGCUACUCUCAGCUCAGACCUACAGCAACAGAGAGAGGCUGAGUAUGUGAGAAGAAACCUGAAGAAUAUGACCAUGGACUAUGUGGAUGUGACUCUAGAUCCUGAUACAGCACAUCCCAAACUCAUCCUGUCUGCAGACAGGAAACAAGUUAAAUGUGGAGACAUAAAACAGGAUCUCCUUGACAACCCAGAAAAGUUUGAUACUGUUCCUUGUGUCCUGGGAAAGGAAGGCUUCUCCUCAGGGAGAUUCUACUAUGAGGUUCGGGUGAAGGGGAAGACUGGGUGGAUUUUAGGAGUGGUCAGAGAGUCCAUCAACAGGAAGGGGGAGAUUACAGUGAGCCCUGAGAAUGGAAACUGGACUGUGUUGCUGAGGAAUGGAGAGUACAGGGCUGCUGCUAACCCUGUUGUCCUCCUCUCCCUGAGAGAGAAGCCCCAGAAGGUGGGGGUGUUUGUGGAUUAUGAGGAGGGUCAGGUUUCCUUCUAUAAUGUGGAGGCCAAGUCUCAUAUCCACUCAUACACUGGCUACACCUUCACUGAGAAACUCUAUCCAUUCUUCAGCCCUGGUAAUAACUACACUGGUAAAAACUCAGCCCCACUGGUCAUCACUCCUGUAGAUGUCACUGACUGACUGUUUUAUAUCAAACAUUGAAAUACUGUUAACAUAACUGAUAAUGUAGUAGCCACCAGAUAAUGUAAUAAUUCAUUAUAAUGUAAUACAUAUUACAUAAAU